AUGUCCUUCCACCAGUGCGGCGGCAACGUGGGGGACUCCGUGAGCUUCCCAAUCCCGGCUUGGUGCCUGGACAAGGCCAGAAGCAGCGGUCUGCUGUAUAAGAGCAAGUCCGGCGUCAUCUCGGAGGAUUGCCUGUCGCUUUCUGCUGACCAUGAGAACAUCUUCCCGGCGAAGAGCGGCACUCGGACGGCACUGCAGUGCUACCAGGACUUCAUGGCAGCCUUCCUGAAGGCCAUGGGAAGCCAUGUGGGCAGCACCAUCUGCGAGCUGCAGGUGGGCAUGGGGCCCUGUGGGGAGCUCCGGUAUCCCUCCUACCUCAUGUCCCAUGGCUGGAACUGGCCUGGCGUGGGCCUGAUCAUGGCCUAUGACUCCGGCAUGCUCAAGAUGCUGAAGGAGGAGGCAGGCAUGGAUGCGCCGCCCGAGGGCUUCCCAGAGGAUCAGAACGCCAUGCCGGACGCGGUGCCGAUGUUCCAGGCGAAGGCCGCGGACCCGGCGAGCACGGGCUUCCGGUGCGGCAAGGGCAAGGAGUUCCUGGAGUGGUACUCGAAAGUCCUGAUCCGUCACGGCCAGGAGGUGCUGGCCGAAGCUACCGCGGCCGUGAAGAAGGUAGGAGUGUCCUGCCCGGCGGAGAGCUUCGUCUUCUCCGUGAAGGUGUCGGGCCUGCACUGGCACGUCACGCACCCGUCCAGAGCGACAGAGGCCUGCGCUGGCUACAACUGUUGCACCAGCGAGUCGGCAGACGCCUACAUGGAGAUCGCCAAGAUGCUCGGGGCCUCCGCGAAGACCGCCAAGAGGCCGGUUCUUUUCAACUUCACCUGCAUGGAGAUGACCAACAACUCCAAUGGUGGCGUGCCCCACGCCCUCUCGGCGCCUGAGGACCUCAUUGCCCAAGUGCGGAAGGCGUGCAUUUUCCACUGUGUGCCGCUGGCAGGCGAGAACGCCUUGGAGUUUGACUUGGCCACCAGUGAUUGGGCCUUCGAGCAGAUGUCCAAGCAGAUCCGGAGCUUUUCGCCAGGCCUCGACAUGAUGCACGGCCUCACGCUGCUCCGGCUUUCGGAUAACUUCGUCAGGCCUGCCUGCUUGCAGCAGCUUGGCGCCUUCACUUCCAAGAACUAG